AGCUGAAUGUAGCUAUUUAAAAAUCAUCCAUAUUUAUUUGAUUUUUAUUAAUACCUUUUGAUAAAUUUAAUCAGUUUAAUUAAACUGACCUAUUGUUUUGUCAUUGAAGUGAAGCUCAAGAAGAAUACAAAGAAUGUUUUCUCCUAUAAAUGUCAGAAUAUUGAAGAACUGUUCGAAGUUACCAUUCAGAUUCUUUUCAGUAACAAAAAAUUUGUGCAGCAACUCAGAAGAUGAAGUUUUAUUCGAAAUCCACAAUCGAACUGGUUUGAUAACUUUGAACAGACCAAAGGCUUUAAAUGCUUUAAAUUUAAAUAUGGUUCGAACUAUACAUCCAGUCAUUAAGGAGUGGGAAAGCAAUCCAUUAAUUGAAGCGAUUGUUAUGAAAGGUGCUGGUAGCAAAGCAUUUUGUGCUGGAGGAGAUGUCAGAGCAAUUGCAGAAGGUGGUCCAGGAUGUGAGUUAUCACAAGUUUUCUUCAGAGAAGAAUAUCGAUUAAACUCAGAAAUCGGAAAUCUUAAAACACCAUUUGUAGCUCUAAUUGAUGGAAUUACAAUGGGUGGGGGUGUUGGUUUGUCAGUUCACGGAAAGAAUCGUGUAGCAUCCGAAAAUACCUUGUUUGCUAUGCCAGAGACUGCUAUAGGUUUUUUUCCUGAUGUUGGAGGUGGCUAUUUUUUGCCAAGGUUAAAAGGAAAGCUCGGUUUGUUUUUAGCUCUUACAGGACAUCGAUUAAAAGGAAGAGAUGUUUAUUUUGCUGGCAUUGCAACUCAUUAUGUUACUGCUAAUCAAAUUCCAUAUUUAGAAGAAGAAAUUUUGAAAUUAAAUAAACCUGCAGACAGAAUACAAGAACUUUUAAAUUCAUACCAUAAAAAGUGUGAUGAUUACAAUACACAUUUCUCGUUAAAUCAACAUUUAGAAACAAUUGAUAAUACAUUCUCAGCCCCCACAUUAGAGGAAAUAUUUUUACGUUUACAAGAAAAUAAGUCCGACUGGUCUAAAAAACAAUUCGAGGUUCUUAAAAAGUUGAGUCCGUUAUCUUUAAAAGUCACAAUGAAACAAAUUGAAAAAGGAGCAGUGUUGAGUUUAAAUGAUGUUCUUAAAAUGGAGUAUCGUAUUUCUCAAAGAUUUAUGGAAGGACGCGACUUCUUUGAGGGAAUUCGCUCUGUGCUGGUAGAUCGUGAUAAUUCUCCAAAAUGGCAGCACAAGUCUUUAGAUGAAGUUUCAGAAGAUUUAGUUUCCUCCUUUUUUACUUCAUUGCCGUUCGGCAGAGAACUUACAAUUUAGUCCUUGGUUUAAAAAAAAAAACGAAAUUUUUUCUGUAUUUAGUAGCAAAUAAGAGUACUUGAUAACAUAACAAUAUUUAAUAUAGUUUUUUCGAUCACAA